CCCAGGCCGGUGAGGAGCUUUAGGGCGGCUCAGUCCCGCCCCCUCGGGCGAUUGAGCUGAGCGCGCGGCGCGGGCUCGGCUCCAAGGGGGAAGGAGGGGUGGCCUUGGGGCGGGAGGGGCCUAGGGCCAUGGCGGCGGCGCGGGAAAAGGGGAAGGUUGUGAAGCGUGGUGAGUCCAAGUCCCCCUUCGUAUUAGGCUCCAUCGUCAGGAUCUUCAUGAAGAACUUUCUAACAUACACUGUCUGUGAAGUACAUCCAGGGCCCAACCUGAACCUGGUUGUAGGUGCUAAUGGCACAGGCAAGUCAAGCAUUGUUUGUGCUAUCUGCCUGGGACUGGCUGGAAAACCUUCUUUCCUAGGGCGAGCUGAUAAGAUUGGUCUGUUUGUGAAGCAGGGGUGCAUGAAAGGCAUAGUGGAAAUUGAACUGUUUAAGUCACCAGACAAUAUUCUUAUCACACGUGAGAUUUAUGUGAUGAACAAUGCAUCAGUGUGGUUUAUCAACAGAAAACCAGCAACCCUGAAAACAGUAGAGGAACAGAUUGCAGCCUUAAACAUCCAGGUGGAUAAUUUAUGCCAGUUUCUUCCUCAGGACAAAGUUGGAGAAUUUACAAAACUGAGUAAGACUGAGUUGCUUGAAGCCACUGAAAAAUCCAUUGGUUCUCCGGAAAUGUACCAGUUUCAUUGUGAACUGAAAAAUUUCAGAGAAAAGGAAAGAGAACUAGAGAACUUGUGCAGAGAAAAAACCACCUCGUUAGAGAAAAUGAAACAGAGGGUUGAACGGUACAAGCAAGAUGUUGAAAGAUACCAUGAAUGGAAGCGCCAUGUAGGCUUAAUAGAGAUGCUUGAGAGGAAAAGGCCAUGGGUGGAAUAUGAAAAUGUUCGUGAACAGCAUGAAGAAGUGAAACAGUGCCGAAAGCAAGUUAAGAAAGAACUGAAGUAUCUGAAAGAAAUGAAUAUCCCAUGGACAAAAAAAAUUCAAGAAGCUGAAGAAAACUUAAAGGAUCUGGAUAUGAAAACAAGAGAUAAUACUGCUGAAAUCAGAAAUAUUUCCCAGAAAUGUAAAGAGAAACAAGAUGCUUUGGAGAUGAAAGAUAAACAGAUUGAAGAAAUUAAUCAAGCAUUCAGAAUGAAAAAAGAUGAAGAAACAAACAGGCAGAAGAAAAUACACCAAACUAAAAAAAUAAUAGAGGAAUGGCAGAGUGAGCUGGGUACAAUGACAGUCUGUGAGAAUCUUCAGCCACAAAUUGAUGCUCUUAAUACUGAGCUGAAAAAACUACGAGAAGAGAGGGCAAAUACUGAUAAUGAUGUCAGUGAUCUAAGAGCAGAAAAAACCAGCCAAGAGCAGGAAGAGAAAAGAAUAAUUGAUCGCCUUGGACAACUUAAUAACAUAAUGCAUAUGAAGGAAGAGAACCUUAAAAUGAGAUUCCAAGACACACACUCUGCUCUUAUGUGGCUAAGAAACAACAAAGACAAGUUUAAAAAAAGGAUUUGUGAACCCAUGAUGCUUGAAAUCAAUAUGAAAGACAGUAGACAUGCAAAAUAUGUUGAAAAUCACAUUUCGUCCAAUGACAUGAGGGCUUUCGUUUUUGAGAGUCAAGAAGAUAUGGAGAUGUUUCUGGUGGAGGUACGUGAUCAUCAGAAACUAAGAGUGAAUGCUGUAUGUGCACCUGCUGAAUCAUGUGCUGAAAAUUUACCUUCAAGACCUAUUGAAGAAUUACACCGAUACGGAUUUUAUUCAUAUUUACGGGAGUUAUUUGAUGCUCCUCCUCCCGUGAUGAGUUACCUUUGUUACCAGUACCAUGUUCAUAAUGUUCCUGUGGGAACACAGAAGACCAGAGACAUGAUUGAAAGGGUCAUACAGGAAACCAAUCUGAGGCAAAUGUAUACAGCGGAAGAAAAAUACAUUAUUAAAGUAUCUUCUUACACAAAACAAAACCUUUCUAGUAACAUGUGCUUGAAGGAGGCACAGUAUCUCACUAGUUCAGUAGAUACAGAGGAAAGAGGACAACUGGAAAAUCAACGACAGGACAUCAGUAAUACUUUAAAGUCAUUGGAUGCACGUUUGACUGCACUGUUUGACAGACAGAAACUUCUGGAUCACAAGGACAAUAAGCUCAGGCAGGAGAAGAAGGAGCUUUUAGAGAGAGGAAACCGGAGGAGGCAGUUGGAAUCAAAAAUUGGUGUGAAGUAUGAUAGUUUAAGACAGCUGGAACAAGAUGCUAUUGACCUAGACAAGGAAUUUCAGCUGGCAAAUGUAAAGAUCAAAGAAAUAAAUAAACAAAAAGCAGAACUUGUUACUGAAUUGAUGAAUCUCCUGAAGAGGAUUGUACCAUUGAACGUCAUCAGAGUAGAUUUGGCUCUUCAGAUAGCCAGAGUGACUGCUGAGAAGAACAGACUACAGUCAGAGUACAAAACAGGAACUGUACAGCUAAGAGCUGCACAGCAACGUUUUCAUGAACUGGAUAAUAAGAAGCAUCUUCUUUAUGAGAAGUGCAUGGAAUUGAUGAAACAAGCUCGACAUGUCUGUAGAUUGGGUCCGGAUCAAGAUUUUCCAAAGGAAUUUCAAGUUGCUUUUCAGACUCUUCCAAACACAUUGGAGGAAAUUGAUGCUUUUCUGAAUGAAGAGAAAACCAGGGCUUCCUGUUUCACAGGCCUCAGUGCUUCAGUUGUUGAAGAAUACAAUAAGCAAACACAAGAAAUACAGCAGUUGACAGAAUACCUAGAGGAAAAGAAAAAUGAGUUGAAUAACUAUAAGCAAAACAUUUCACAGAUCAAAGAAAAGUGGCUAAACCUCUUGAAAGUGAUGAUUGAACAAAUUAAUGGAAAGUUCAGUAAGUUCUUUAGUUCUAUGCAGUGUGUUGGUGAAGUUGAUCUUCAUAUGGAAAAUGAGGAGGAGUAUGAGAAGUAUGGAAUUCGCAUUAGAGUCAAAUUCCACAGUAGCACUGAACUUCAUGAAUUGACUCCGUAUUAUCAGAGUGGAGGUGAGAAAACUGUUUCCACUAUGUUAUACCUGAUGGCUCUGCAAGAACUCAACAGAUGUCCUUUCCGGGUUGUUGAUGAAAUAAAUCAGGGAAUGGAUCCAAUGAAUGAGAGAAGAGUUUUUGAAAUGGUUGUGGAAACUGCUUGUAAAAAAAGGACAUCUCAGUACUUCCUCAUUACACCAAGGCUCCUGCAGAAUCUCAUUUAUAAUGACAAGAUGACUGUGCUGUUUGUCUACAAUGGACCUUUUAUGCUGGAGACAUACAAAUGGAACAUAAAGCGCUUCAAGAGACGGCAACGGCACCUUUCAAGAAUGACUGAUUCUUAAUUCUACAGAAGUAUUUUAUAUAUCUUUAUUGAAACAUCUGGCUUUCAAGAAUUCAGAAAUUGUCAAAGAGGAAAACCCUCCAAAAAUUGAUAAUUGAGAACUUUGGUUCUUAAAACUUACACAAAUGCUUGACAGAUUUGAAAUGCAUGGUUUUCUUUUUCAAGUCUUUCAUAGUGGUCACUUUCUCCAAAUAACCUACUCUUCUCAAUAGUAGGUUUAAAUAAUUUUUUUUUCUAUUCUCUCUGUUAAUGCAGCAUCAGAAGUACAGGUACUUUUUCUAGGUUAUCCUGGACUUACUCUGUGAUUGUUGUUUUUUUAGAGGUUGGGGGUUUUUUCCCAAAAAUUGAAAUUUGCUUUUGGUAAAUAAUUUUACUUUACCACAGAUGUGGGUAUUAUCUCAUUUCCCUAUUGAAAUGCAAUUUUUUAAAAUUAAUUCAGGUGAUCUGUAGAAAAAGAAUGGUUUGUAAUGGUUUGUUUUGUAAAAAUAAACCCGAAAUUAAUAUAAAUAAUAUGAUUCUGUGAAUAUAUUAUUGUUGAGUAAAUACUUUCUCUCAAAAUAAAUAAAUAAAUAUAGUAGCAUUUCCUUUUGUAGUGCUUGAAUUAUGUUUUUCUAGCAAGUCUCUUAGCAAGGAGAUUAAUAGAAUUCCUGGUCUUCCUGAAACAGUGAGCCUACUGAGCUUGCAGAAAUAAAACUAAGCAAUAUAUAACUUCUUGUCUGUUUAUUUUUCUAAGUAAAACUUCAUACGUUUUUGGUGAUGGAGAAAAUAGUGCUGCAGAUUUGGCAUGUAAGUUUAAACCCAGGAGGAUUUUACAAGGGGUCAGCUGUAUUGGAGUGAUUGUACAGUCAAUUGCUUUUCAACAGAAAGCCAUAAAAAUGUUUAAUAGAGUGUUAGCCUUAACUGUUAAGCAUUUGGAAAUGCAGGUUGCAAUAGAAUGUUGAAGACCUAAAAUAAAGUCCUGAUUAUUACAUUAACUAUUAAAUAAGUAAAAUUCAACAAUUUGAUGUCUGCUUUCACUGGGUGUUUUUCUUAACAGCAUCCUAGCAAUGAACUUUGCUAGUGAAACUGGUAUUUCAGGCUUUGAUAUUCAUGCAUUCAAAAUAAAAUAACUCACUACAAAAUAUGAGCUGGAAUCUGGAAGGUUUUAGGUAUUAAAGGGAAAGUAUUGUAGUUGCUCUUUUGAAUAGACAGAUGAGCCUUCAAUGCAGUAGAGAACCACACAUUCUUGUUACUGUGGGCCAGUGUUAGUCAAUGGAAUUGUCUGACUGUGAAAGGAGUUCUGGAGUAGUUUAUAUGAUGGUUAAUGUCCCAACACAAGUACUGAACAGAAGAUACAAAAGUGUAGAAACUCAGGCUGUUAUACAGAGUUAAUUUGGGCAGCAGAGUACCUUUUACAUAAUUGAGGCUACAGGCCUAUCUGUCUGAUCGCUGUAUUGAAAGAUCUUGGUUUUAGAAGUAUUCUUCAAAAUUGUCUGUUAUCGGGGAGUUUGUUGCUGUUACUGUUCAUUUUCAUAUCUCAUUGCUGUUUGCAAUAAAUAGUUCUUAUUUCUCAGCCUUCA